UCGCGGCCCUUGCCUACGUACGGUUGUACGCGCGAGAGUGGCGAGCGAGUGCGAGCGAUCCUUCGCGGCUAAGUCUCCUGAGCCCCUUGCCAGUUCGAAUCGAGUACGAAGAGGAGAGAAGCUCUUGCGGUUGCGGCGGCACGGCGGCCACGCGGCUAGCUCACCCGUGAGUGAUCGGCGCCCUCGACGCGAUCGACUCGCGAUCAACUUCGCGCUCCGUCGUUCUCUCCCGCGAAUCACGAAACGCGACACGGCGCGCGCGCUCGCGAGUGUCCCGCGCGAGCGUGAAGCGAGAUUCGCCGCGCGGCCCCGCGCAUUCUUCCUUCGUCCUUUUCCCACUCGUUCAAUCUCGCUCUCUUCCCCUUCCUUCCUCCCUCCCUUUUUCCCUUCGAGCGACAGUGGUGCGUCUAUGUCGCGCUAGCACAGGCGUCCUUCCGCGUUCUCUCUCGCGCGCAUUCGCGCGAGCGAGCGAGCGAGCGCGCCCUCGGACGACGGACCGAGUGGAGUGAUCUCGUUCUUCCGUCCGCCGUCGGAAUCCCGUCCCGUGGUGUACCCCGCGGAUUAUCACGCCAGUAAAUACGCCACGCGAGUAUCGUCGUCGCGAAGGGGGAGACGAUAUCGAGGCGGCGACCCCACCAGAGUGAAGUUCCUCGACUCUGCUAUCCAGCCGUCCGAGAAUUCUCUCAUCACGGGGAUGCUAAGGUAGUCUUCCCCCCCUCUCUGCCAACCAUCCGCGCGGGACUGGAUUACCAUGCUCGACACGGCCACGAGACGCAGGUGGUUGUUAGACGUCCAGGCUGAAACCGCAAAGGGCACGAAUUUGCAGCAGCAUGCUCGCAACCUAACGCUAAAACUUCGCCAAUCUUCUUCCUGAGUCGAUCUGCAAUGUUGUUUAGGUGAGCGGGAGGGAGGCGCUGCUGACCGGUGGCGGCGGCGGCCAUGCGCCCCGGCCCGCCAGUACAGCCGAGCCGCCGCAGGCCUCCCCGUCGCCAGCAUCCGCACCAGCAGCAGCUCCAUCGGAAGCGCGACCAACAGCAGCAGCAUCAUCGGCUGCACCUGUUGCGGCCGCACGCCAACGGCAACGGCAACAGUCCGCGCGCCCUCCUGGUGCUGCUGCUACUGGCCAGCAGCUCCUUGGUCCUGGGCUUGGCCGAGCCGCCGGGGUCACCAGGUCCGGCGGUCCAGUACCAGCAAACACUCGUCUCGCACAAGGAUCAACCGAGGUCGGCUAGCAUCACCGGCACGGCGAUCAAAGUGUGGCAGCCGCGCAACUUGACCAUCGGCUACCUGACUGCUAUCAAAGGCGGCCUCAAGGAUCGUCAGGGUCUUGCCAUCUCCGGCGCCCUGACCAUGGCCCUCGAUGAGAUCAACGAAGAUCCAAACAUUCUGCCGAACGUGAAGCUGGUGCUGCGAUGGAGCGACACGAGGGGAGAGACCGUCGAAGCUACCAGUGCAAUGAUCGACAUGAUCUGCGACGGGGUCGUGGCCUUCUUCGGACCGGAAGGCUCCUGCUACGUCGAAGCCAUAGUCGCCCAAUCCCGUAACAUCCCUAUGAUCAGCUACAAAUGCUCGGACUACAAGGCGUCGAAGAUAAACACCUUCGUGAGAACUGAGCCGCCAGACACGCAGGUGACCAAGUCGGUGAUCGCCUUGCUGCUGCACUACGGAUGGAACAAAUUUACGAUCGUGGCGGAGCGCGACUGGUCGACGGUCGCACGCUCGCUGCAGGAGCAGGCGGCUAUGAACAACCUCACCGUGAACCACUACAAGAUCGUCGAGGACCGGCACACGUGCUGCGAGGAGAGGCUGCCCUGCUGCCAAGUCAGCGUAUGGUUCCAACUUAUACAGGAGACCAAAAACAUGACCCGCAUUUACAUCUUCCUCGGUACGCCGAUGUCGCUGAUAGACAUGAUGAAUUCGAUGGAAGGUCAGAGGCUGCUGGACAAUGGGGAGUACAUGGUGAUACACGUGGACAUGAUGACGUACUCGCAGCGCGAAGCGCAGAAAUAUUUGUGGAAACCUGAGCAUUUUGACCACCUGAACAAUUGCCUCGACCCGAAAGGCUUCCUGAAGAGGGCACGCUCUUUGUUGGUGGUCGUGUCCACGCCACCGACGCAGAACUAUGAGGAGUUCACGAAAAAAGUGCGGGAGUACAGUAGCAAGGAGCCCUUCAACUUCGUGAUUCCGGAGCUUCUGAGAAAAUAUGAAAAGUACGUGUCAAUUUACGCGGCAUAUCUCUAUGACUCCCUCAAACUGUAUGCGAGAGCCUUGGAUCAGUUGAUACGAGAUCAGCCGGAUCAGCCUAUCGAGGAACUCGCGAAAAAUGGCACUCUCAUAAUCGAGACUAUCAUCAAGAAUCAUACGUAUCAAAGUGUGAGCGGAGCGACCAUCAAACUGGACAACUUUGGUGACUCGGAGGGUAACUUCUCGGUACUCGCACUGAAGAAGGAGACGUUCAACCGCGAUAACUUUUCCUGCGACUAUCAGAUGAAGCCCGUGGGCCAGUUCCAACAGGGUGAAACUCUAGUAUACAGACCGUCGGGAGCUAUGGAUUGGCCGGGUAAGAAUAAGCCGGAGGCUGAACCUGGAUGCGGAUUUCUUAAUGAACACUGUCCGAAGGACGAUACGCACUUCCGCAGCAUUGUCAUCGCCGUCGUGCUCGCGGUCUUGCUAUUCUGCGUUGCGGUGGUCAUCAUGAGCAUAUAUCGCAGGUGGAAGAUAGAGCAGGAAAUUGAGGGAUUGCUUUGGAAAAUCGAUCCGAGCGAGAUACGCGGCUAUCCUCGACCUGACAACAUGAUGUCUUCCCCUAGUAAGUUAAGUUUAGUUAGUGCAAUGUCCUACGAGUCGAGAUGUGGUGGUCAGGUGUUUGCGCAAACUGGGCAUUACCACGGUGUCGUGGUGCGGAUAAAGGAGCUGAAGUUCUCAAAGAAGAAGGAUAUCUCACGGGACGUCAUGAAGGAGAUGCGCAUUCUCCGUGAAAUUAGGCAUAGUAAUCUCAACUCUUUCAUCGGAGCGUGUGUCGAGCCGAUGAGGAUAUUGUUAAUUACCGACUAUUGUGCCAAAGGAAGUCUUUAUGACAUCAUCGAAAACGAAGAUAUAAAAUUAGAUGAUAUGUUCAUUGCAUCAUUAGUUCACGAUCUCAUUAAGGGUAUGCUGUACAUUCACGAGUCAUCUGUGCUAGUCUGCCACGGUAAUCUGAAGUCUUCCAAUUGCGUUGUCACCUCACGUUGGGUGCUCCAGGUCUCCGACUUCGGUCUUCACGACAUGCGUCACUGUGCCGAAUCUGACAGCAUCGGUGAACAUCAGUAUUAUCGAAACCUGUUUUGGAAAGCUCCCGAGCUACUGAGAAAUCCACACGCUUCGAUUCGAGGCACCCAGGAAGGAGACAUUUAUUCCUUCGCCAUUAUUCUGUAUGAAAUUCUUGGGCGGAAGGGACCGUACGGAGGUAUAAAUCUGGAACCUAAAGAGAUCAUAGACCGGGUGAAAAAGUUCCCAGCGGACGGUGAACCGCCAUUUAGGCCAAACUUGAUCUUGCUUUCCGAAUCGAAGGCGAAUUGCACCGAUUACAUCAUCAGCACCAUCACGGCCUGUUGGGCGGAAAGUCCAGAGCUCAGGCCGGACUUUAAAACCAUUAGGACCAGGUUGAAGAAGAUGAAGGCCGGAUGUCAUCGGAAUAUCAUGGAUCAAAUGAUGAACAUGAUGGAGAAAUACGCGAGCAAUCUCGAGGGUGUAGUCAAUGAGCGUACGGGACUCCUCCUAGAAGAGAAAAAGAGAACGGAGGAGCUACUUCACAGAAUGUUACCUAAGCCUGUCGCGAAUUGCUUGGCCAACGGCAUCAAAGUGGCACCGGAGGCGUUCGAUUUGGUCACCAUAUACUUCAGCGAUAUCGUCGGUUUCACGGCGAUGUCAGCCGAAAGCACGCCGUUUCAGGUUGUGAAUUUCUUGAACGGCUUGUACACGCUGUUUGACAGCAUAAUCGAGGAGUACGAGGUGUACAAGGUGGAGACGAUAGGCGACGCCUACAUGGUGGUUUCCGGUCUUCCGAUAAGAAUCGGAGACAGGCACGCCGGACAAAUAGCAUCGAUGUCGCUGGAAUUACUCAACGCUGUUAAGCAUCAUACGAUACCUCAUCGGCCUCAAGAAACUCUCGAGCUCCGUAUUGGCAUUCAUACCGGUCCCGUGGUAGCAGGCGUCGUUGGUUUGACGAUGCCUAGAUAUUGUCUCUUCGGAGAUACAGUUAAUACUGCAUCACGUAUGGAAUCUACCGGGGAACCUUUGCGGAUACAUAUCAGUGCACAAUGCAAAGAGGCGCUCGAUAAGAUCGGGGGUUACAAGAUCGAGGAACGCGGCUUCGUGAAGUUGAAAGGAAAGGGAACGGUGAAGACGUAUUGGCUGACGGGCAAGGAAGACAUACCAAAAAGGAAGGACACGGACGAUAGAAAAGAUGCAGAGGAGGAUACGUCGAGUAAAAGGGAUGCAGAAGAUGCGCCAAGAAAAAGAAGUGAGGCCUUUGCCGAAAACGAUCCUCCAUUACUGUUCUGCAAUCUACAGCGAAGCCCGAAGCUAAAUAUAAACUUGCGGGAGGUGUCGUCGCUGCUAGAUGGAUGGGGUGCGAGAGAUCGCAGGGGAUCAAGUAUACCGUUCCCACUGGCAGAGGGAUCGUCUUCCGAAUACGGUGGAUCUAGUCCAGUUUUGCAAUCGCUGCAGGCUCGCUUGUUUCCCUCGUUUCUAACUGCGAGUGUCUCGAAGACGAUGCUGGACAACAUUUCGGGCCAGGAUGAAGAGGCGCACCGGCAUUCCGCCAAUAUCGAGCCGAUCGACAGUAUGCUCGCAGAUACAGGGCCGAAGCUGAGGAAGAACGCACGCGCGUUGUCGAUCAUCGCGUCCUCCUCGUCAAGCGACUAUCCAUCCCAAGCGGUUAUAAGCGAGUCCCACUCGUUGGAUCCGCUCUCCAUCGACAACAAGCAACCCGAAUCGCCGAGCUUUUGGAAGGAGAACGAAUGCACGCGAACCGACUCGAAGGCGGACAUCUCCGAGAAGUUGUUGAACAACAAUUAUCCCAACGGCAAUGUGAUAAUGCCUCACGCUGAUAACUUGCCGAAUGAAGUGGAGCCGCUGUUGGGCAACGAUAGCGAGAGCAAAGUAGAAGUACGGGAGAAGCGUUCGCGCUCGCUGGAUCAGAUGGUAUCCGCGUCUAGCACGGACAGUGUACCUGAUAAAAAGUCUUCCGCACGUAAUUGGCACAAACCAGUUUCUACCAUUAUUCAAAUAUUAAACGGCGACGGAUUCCGUAACAGCAACGUUUCCCUGAGGAGGGGAGUAAUACCGGGCUACGAUAAGCAAUCCGAACGUUGUUCCGAAAGUGUACUCUAGCAUACACAUGAAAAAUGAUUUUUCUUUUCGUUUAUUCUUUUCUUUUUUUUUAAUGCGACGAACGGGUAAAUGUUAAGAAGUACUGCACCGCAAUUUUUUUUAAGUAAUUAACAGAGCUAGCUGUAAAAAAAUAUAUCUAUAGAAAAGUUUUGAGGGAGGAGGCUUAAAGUUUUUGUAGGAAAAAACUCGAAAUUUUUUUUAAUUAGAUAUAAAAGGAAAAAUUCCUCUAGUACGAUAUUAAUCCUACAUAGACUGGUUUAUCUCCCAAAGCCCUAAAUGUAUAAUUAUGCUACUUUACUAAAAAGUUUGCAAAUUUCUAGAAGAAAUUAAUAACAAAACGGAUAUCGAAGUUUUUUUUCUAUCAAACUGUUAAGUUAGUUCAAUACUUCUGAACAUUUAUUGACGAACGAGUACCAUGGGAUAGAAUCACAUGUAAAAACUCUGUGCACUACCAGACGCGUGACUGUGCGAAGCAUAUUACGAGUCAUAAGCACGAUGUAUUGUUGCCAUUUCUUCUAUAGCCUAGAUAUGUGCAAUUUAUGUAUAUGAGAGUUACCGACACACACCCACACACACGCAUUGUAUAUUUUUAAUAUCUAAGUAUUUUAUAUAACAUGUAACUAAUGUAAAACCACGUGUGCAUCUCUGAUGUAGAAAAGAACUUUUACAUAGGAGAAAUAGGCUCUCCUGUUUUUCUCUUUAAUAAGAUUUUUAAUUUGAGCUUAUAACGCGAAAAUAUCAAACUAUUUUAUAAAAAUCAUGACCAAAGUACGCACAAAUAUGAGGGGAAUUCGUGAUGCGAGAUUCAUUAAUAUCUCUGAUUUUUUUUCGCUGGAUUGCAUGGAACCGGUUGAAUCUUGCGCCCGAUCGUGUGUGUGUGAGAGAGAGAGAGAGAGAAAACGCUGUCUUUGAGAAUUACAGAACGCAAAGAAAUCGUUUUGUACGAGGGAAUCGCCGAGUUGCGCGUCACGAACUGCCCUUCUUAGUUCAUCCGACAAUCCAUUUUGUUUAAUGGUAUGUUAGUGAUACGGAAAAGGAAUUAGGAUGGCAUAGCGUACAUACGCGCGCGCAUAAUCAAAUAUGAAGCAUGACUGUAAGAUGAAUAUGUGUAUAUGUGUAUAUAUAUAUGUAUGUAUAUCUACACACACACACACGCACGCAAUUAUACAUUGGAGGAGACAAAAAGUUCCUGACGGCUUUCUAAUGACACAAAAGCAUUAAAUAAUACAUUAUUAUUUUAUAUAUCAAUGUAUCAUGACAACGUAUAUAUACAUAUAAAUAUGUAUAUAACAUGUCAUAAUACAUGUAAAAAAAUAGACCGUCAUGCUUUUUGAUUCGUCCAAUAUCAGCGCACAUGUAUAUCUAUAUAGUAUCUGUAAGUCCAUACUUGUUCACUGAAAGAAGCAAAUUGUCCGUAUGGCUGUGAGAAGUAAACUAGAUUGUACCUAAGGUGCUUAGUAAUAUAUCAUGUUGUUAAAUGUAUAUAAUUAAAUAAUAAUAUAUCAAUGUAAAGAUAAAA